AGAUGAUAGAUAGAUAGAUAGAUAGAUAGAUAGAUAGAUAGAUAGAUAGAUAGAUAGAUAGAUAGAUAGAUAAUCAUUGACAUUUUAAUUUACCUUUUCAUAAUCACUUAGUACAUUUGAUUUUAUAUGUUUUUUUAAAUACAGGAAGUGAACUUGAUUCUUUAAUUUCCCUGUAAAGGACAUUCCAUAAUCUUACACCAUAUACAGAAAUAUUACAUUCCUUCAUUUAGGUUCUGAAUUUAGAUUUUUUAAAGGCAUCAAUUCUGUUUAACAUGUAUCCACUCACUCUCUUGUGAAACAGUUUCUGAAUAUUAGUUGGUAAAGUACUUGUUUCUGCCCUGUACAUUAUUUGCAAUAUUUUCCACUCUACCAGGUCAGGAAAUUUCAGUAUUUUAUAUCUAAUGAAUAAUAGAUUAGAGUGAUCUCUGUAGUUACUCUAUAGUUCUUAAGGUUUUGGAAUCAAUUAAAUGACAAAAGUUCCUAAAUUAAUGCACCUGUCUAACAAUAUUGCACACUUUCUGUAAAUCCUAUAAACUUUGUUUCACUUCUCAAAUAUCACUGUGUGUGCCACCUAUAUGAUGUAAUAUUUUAUUGUAACAACCAACAAUUUACACAGGAAUAUCAGGAAGAUCAAACCUUUGCGUCCCACCGUACGCAUAAGCGUUCUAUUUGUAUCGUUUGUAAACUAAAGUGUUGAGCAGUUUUCAGCCCCCUCUCUUGUUGCUCUUGUGAUUAGAGAGAGAGAGAAAGAGAGAGAGAGGGAGACAGACAGACAGACAGACAGAGAGAGAGAGAGAGAGAGAGAGAGAGAGAGAGAGAGAGAGAGAGAUGGAUAAACAGACCAAUCAAUCCAACAGCAACAUUAGAUAAUCUGCAUCCAGUCAAAAGGAACAAACUGAACACACGCCAGGCUAAUUUUGGAGUUGGACGCUUGAAAAACAGCCACCUGCUCGUGCCGCUCACUGCUGGCUGAAGAUCCAGUGAAGAGUGUGACUGUAAGACUAUAAGUUACACUCUGAGAACAGGGAAGAUGUCAGGAAGCAGCCAGCAACAAAACCUGGUGCUCAUUAAGGAGCUGGAGGUCAUCUUGGAUUCUUGUGUGCUGGAGCUCACACCUGUGGAUGAAGUUUGGCCCAACUUGUUCAUAGGAAAUGUGGCUGUGGCACAGAACAGAAAGACAUUAUGUAAGCUGGGCAUCACUCAUAUCCUGAACGCAGCACACUCCAAGCAGGGCAGCAUCGGCGACCAGAGCUUUUAUGGAAACGCGUGUGUUUACUCUGGCAUCGCAGCAGAAGACUCAGACCACUUUGACCUCAGCCAACACUUCCAACCUGCUGCAGACUUCAUACACAAAGGCCUGAAGAGCAAAGAUGGAAAGGUGCUUGUGCAUUGCAUCAUGGGAGUGAGUCGAUCUGCCACUUUGGUUCUGGUUUACCUGAUGAUGAAGAAGUGUCUCUCGCUGAAAGAUGCUUUGAGGCACGUUGUACAAAAACGAGCCAUUUAUCCCAACAGGAACUUCUUAUCGCUCCUCCUGAAGCUGGACGAACAGCUGACACAGAGACGGAGGUUGUGUCCUCUUCUCUGACUGCCGUCUUCUGCUUCCAUUGGUUUCCACAUCUUUGUGCGUCACACUUUGAUCACUAAUAAGUAACAGAGACUGUAAAUAGUUUGAUUGUGAAUUGUUUUUUUAUUGCUAAAGGUGUGUGGCUGAAAUAAUUCACAUAAUUUUACUCAUGUUGUUUCUUUUCACCCCUAGAUCUAGCUUUGCUUUUGUGAGAUUUUCAAGCCCUUUACUGUAACACACUCCAAAUAAUUAGCAGACCAACACGUAGAGGAUGACUGAGACAGCCAUCUUAAAAAAUAAAAUAAAAUAAAAGCAAUAAAAAUAAAUCACUUAAAAAAACUUAAACAUUUAAAAUGCAAAUUUUUGUGCGCACACAAAAUGAUUUAUAUGACUAUUCAGUGAAAUUUACUCUACUAAAUAAACCCUGGACCAAGACGUUAAGAUUUUAUAAAUUUUAUUUAAAAAUUUCUGCUUGUUUUUAGAUGAAAUAAACAUGUGAAUUUUGUUUUUAAUAGUGAGUCUGACGACCAAGAAUUUAAAAUAAAACCGAUUCUUUGUUUAGUGUUUUUGGCGUUUUUUUUUAAAUAAAUAAAAAAACUCAAUUUUUUUUAAAAUUUAUUUACAAUUUCUGUUCAGGAAAUCAUAAUCCAGUUCCUGACCUGUUUUCACUUUGGCUGUGGUCUGAUAGUUACGCCUUAACUCUGACUCUCAUCAUCUAGAUAUUAUAAAAGACCCCUAAACUCAAGGGAUGAGCCAGAGUUUUUUUCUUUUUGCUGAAUCAGUACAAAGUAUCAAAACUUAGAGUUUUACACACAAGUCAGUAUAAUAACACCAACAGGUGACUUCUAAAGAAGUUACCCGAAUGCUUGACGUGCAUCAGUGUGUCAUGAUCCGCCCCGACCUCCCUGACUGUGGCCCUGUCCACACGUAGCCGGGGAUCUGCCAAAACGUAGAUAUUUUUCUACGUUUUGGCCUGUCAUCCACACGAAAACGGAGUUUUUUCACACAAAAACGGAUCUUUUUAAAAACUCUGGCCAAAGUGAAGAUCUGUGUUUUCUCCGUUUUGGGUGUCUGCGUGUGGACAGACAAAACCGGAGUUUUAAGGUCCGCAACGUCACUUUCCGCGACAAAAAAUGCUGACAUCACGUGUGCGACCUGUGUUUACACUAGCCGGCAGCAUGGAUGCCCUCAGAGCUGCGCUCUGUCACUACCCGAUCCAUCAAUUGUCCAAGCGCUUUUUGCUUUUUUGUUUUUGCAAGCGGAAUUACUGCUCCUUGCGGAAGACCACAGACGAAGGACGAGGUUAAGAACGGGAGAAGUACUGCCGCCUACAGGUCUGGCAUGUCCUUAACAACAUAUUUAUCCGGGUACGUGUGGACAGUGUUUGUUUUUAAAACGCGGUGGUGUGGAUGCAAGUUUUUGGAGGGGCGGAUAUUCGUUUUCAAAAAACCCCGGCUACGUGUGGACUAGGCCUGUGUCUCUCCUGCCUUGAUUAACCUUAUUGUUCUCACCUGUCCCUCAUUACUCUGCCCAUGUGUUCCUGAUUUCCCUGUGUAUUUAUACCUCCCUCCUUGUUGCUGUCUUCGUCGUAUCAUUGUUGUUUGUUCAUGCGCGUUUUGUCCCGUCGCUCCCGUUCCACCAUUAAACCAUUUUUAUUUUUUCA